AUGGACGGGCUAUGUACACGCUCAUCUUCCCAUGCCCAACCGCACACGUUCCACCCAGACAGGUCGCAGCAGCCUGCUCCGGUCCUACCACGGAAGCGACCGAUCUUCCAGGCCGGCACCAGUGCAGGAAGCGAUGCGAUCUAUAAACUACUCGCAAAGAACCCAUGCGACCAGGACAAGAUUUACUCGAACCGCGAUACCAAUGCGCCAUCCGCCGCCGAUCACCCUGCCACUGCUGGAACGGACGAAGACCCUUUGGUAGUUUUGGAAGAUUUGAUUGCGAACGGCGGGCAGCCUGGAACGGAGUGUCAAUUGGACAACCGCCACAAGGACGCACUGAGGACUGCCGUGGAUGGGAUACGCCGGUUACGACUCCUCCUCUGUAUCGGCGACUACACGCAAAAGGUGUCCCACUGUAUCCGAGAUGUGUACAAUCCCGGAAUGCGAGAACCAAGUGUCGACUGGUUGUGCGAGCAUCUCUCAUCAGAGAGUCUCGCCCAUUGUCUCAAAUACGUCAAUGAUAUUUAUCCUGGCAUGAACAUAUCGCCCAAUGUUGUCAGUCUUUCGCUUCAGCUAUAUCGGGAAAGGAACGCCAUGGUCCACUCGGGUAUGGGAGCUGCUCGGGGGAAACACAACAAUUGGGCGCUCGAAGAGAUCAUCGCAAAGGACAGAGACCGCCUGAAGGAGUUUGUGAGGGAUGAAACUCCUGAGAUGCAGGAGGUAUUGGACAGGAUCAUGCGUGUUGCGUCGCGACUCACGACGGGGCCGGGUCACACCGGGGCAAACUCUGGAAAGAUACCGCGCAUAUAG